AGCUCGGAUUGGGAUUCAAGUCCAAGUCCGAAAGUCGGAGCAAGUCGGGGCAAGUUCGAGACGGAAGGGCUGGCAUCAACGCUAACGCUCUCAGACGGGACCGGAACAUUCACAGGCAAGAAAGCUGCGGUACUUUUUUAUUAUACAGAAACAAAGAUGAUGCUGUUGAACUACUUCAUAGAGCAUGCUACUGAGCAAGACCACACAACUCGUGUCACAGCAAUGAAUGUGGAAUUCUCAUUCUCCUUGUUUUGUUUGUGUAUCAACUCUCUAGCAUUCCCUACAGGCGUUGCUGCAGGAAGCUAUUGCUGGCACAUCUGCAGAGGACUCGUUUUUGAAGACGAUGCCUCUAGGUGAGGGAAUCACCAACACAGAAGCUCGAC